AUGAUCAAAAAACCUUCCACAGAACCAAAACGUCGUAGAGUUGCAAGGGCUUGUGAUCUAUGUAGGUCAAAAAAGGUCAAAUGUGAUGGAAGACAACCAUGUAUUCAUUGCACAGUUUAUUCAUUCAGAUGUACAUAUGAUGAACCAAAUAUUAGGAACAAAAAAAAUACAGGAAUUCCCAAACCAUCACAACCUAGUUUAGCUGCAUUACAAGUUGCAGCUGCUCAAGCAGCUGCCAAUGGAUUGUUAUAUGAUCAACAAGGAAUUAAUCAAACGUCAUCAUCUUCUUCUAAUGCUCCCAAUGGGAUUUCAGUUGAUACAUUCCCAACCAAAAAUUUGAUAAUAGCUCAACAAAUAAUUAGUACAUUACUACCGAAAUUACAAUUCAAUUGUUUCGAUCAAAAUUUGAAAUUUGAUUUAGAAAGAUUUCAAAAAGCUGUUAAUUAUGUUGAGCAAAAACCAAGUAUUUUACCACAAACUAUGAAUGAAGUAUCUGAUCUUAUGUUGGAAAAGGAUACCAUUAUACCAACUCCUCGACAAUCUUCAACAGGCUCAACAUCCGAAGAUCUGACUAUGCCUGCAUCACCAAGUGAAAUUAAAUUAUUAUUACCUAGUAAAGAAGAAGCUUUACAAUUGAUCUACACAACAUGGUACAAAGCUUGUGUUUUAUUUCGAUUUUAUCAUAGACCUUCGUUAAUAGAAGAAAUUGAUUUACUAUAUUCGAUGGAUCCAUCUCAAUAUGGUGAUAGACAACAUAAAUUUUUACCAUUUUUAUAUUCAAGUUUAGCUUGUGGUUGUUUAUUUAGUAAAACUCCAUAUGAAACAUCAAGAUAUAAUGAAAAUUUAGAAGAUGAUGGGUUUAAAUAUUUUCUAGAGGCAAGAAAAUUGAUUGAUAUUAGUAAUGUUGGAGAUAUAAAUUCUAUUCAAACUAUUAUUAUGAUGAUUAUGUAUUUACAAUGUUCAGCUAGAUUAUCAACAUGUUAUUCUUAUAUUGGAAUUGCUUUAAGAAGUGCCUUGAAAGAAGGUUUACAUCGAAAUUUGUCAAUUUUCCAAAGUUCCAAAAAAAAAUUAGAUCCUAUUGAAAUUGAUACUAGAAAAAGAUUAUUUUUCACAAUAUAUAAGAUGGACAUAUAUAUUAAUUCAUUAUUAGGUUUACCGAGAUCUUUAACAGAAGAUGAAUUUGAUCAAGAAUUACCUGUCGAAUUAGAUGAUGAGAAUAUAACAAGACAAGGUUAUUUAUUUGAAAAACAAGAAGGAAAAUUAAGUUCUGCUGGUUGUGCUAAUCAUCAUACUAAAUUGAUGUUAAUAUUAUCACAUAUUUUAAAAAAAUUAUAUCCGGUUAAAGUGAAUGAUGUUAACGAUGAAUUAAUAUCAUCUUCAAAUAAUUAUUCAUCAGAUAAAAUCCAUGCAAAGGUCACUGAAUUGGAAGUUGAAUUAAAACAAUGGUUGAAUAAUUUACCACCAGAAUUACAACCAACAAAUCCUAAUUCUGAAAAAAUUGACGUUCCAAAGAAAUAUAUUUUAGCAAAUUGUUACCUUCAUUUAGCAUUUUUGAAUUGUCAAAUUAUGGUAUAUAGACCUUUUAUUCAUUUUAUUAGUGACUCAAUGAAUGGAAAUUCAAGUGAUCCAAGAUCAUUAAUUAGAGGUAGAAAUUGUAUUAAAAUAGCAAGAAUGGUUGUGAAACUAGCGAAUAAGAUGAUUGAUCAAAAAUUAUUAAUUGGUACUUAUUGGUUCUCAAUGUAUACAACUUUUUUCAGUAUUGCUUGUUUAAUAUAUUAUUAUCAUUUUGCAAAUUAUAAUAAUAAUGGGUUAGGAAUCAACGCUGCAGGUGUAUUAUUUGAUGAUGAUUUAAACAUAGAUGUGAUAAGAAAAGAUAUAGAAAUUGGUAAAAAAGUUUUGGAUUGUUUGAAAAAUUCUUCAAAUAGUUCAUUGAGAAUUUAUAAUAUUUUGAAUACAUUAUUUGAUCAACUUAAUAGAAGAACUGCUUCAAGAUCUUUAAAGAAAAGUGGAAAUCAAAAAAGCCCAAAUUCAAUUCAGAAGAGUCCUAGAUCUAAUCAAUCAAGUCCACAUUCAAAUCAAAAACAAGAAGAUCAACAACAACUACAGCAACAACCUCAAGAGCAACAACAACAGCAACAAGUGGCAAUCUCGUCUUCUUUUAUGAAUGAUGAUGUUAAAGAUACAUUCAAAAAUUUUGACGAUAACAAUCAUUAUUCUCAAACUACUAAAAAAGAAGAUUUAGGUCAAUUAUUUAGUAAUUCCAAUAUAGUGAGAUUUCAAUCAACUUCUGAUAUACCACCUGAAAUUACAAACAUUGCGAAAUUAUCAAUAAUAAAAGAAGAAGAAAAUCAAGAAGUUGGAAGUAAAGUUGGAGCAGAUUUAACAGCUAAUUAUAUGCCUGGUGUAUUUGAUAAAUUAGAUGCUCAAAUAUUUGGUAAAAUUCUACCACCUUAUAUGUUGAAAAAUAAUGGUAAUAAUCAACAACAACAACAGCCACUACCUCAACAACAACAAGAUUUUCAACAACCAGCUUUACAAACUCAACAAUUACCAAAUGAAAUUCAAAAUAUUUAUAAUAAUAAUGCUAAUUUACAACCACAACCAGAUCAAUAUAACUUGAAUAAUCAAAAUACGAGUAAUUAUGAUAAUUCCAAUAAAACUAAUGUACCAACAAAUAGUGAAGAUUUAAUUAAUUUUGAUGAAAUCUUCAAUUCUUUGAAUAAUGAAUUUACAACUAAUCAAUUUGAUUAUUCACCACCUUUUUAA